AUGAACGUUCUCUCACUGUCUAGCCACAUUCUUGGUAGCGGUAAUGUAGGCAAGGCCAUGACAUUUAGACAGCUGUUCAGGAUGCUGUGUAAGAAGACAGUCUUUCCCCUUUUUCCCUGGGACUGGAAGGUAAACAUUCUAAAAGAUUCACUUACUUAUUCUCUCUCUGUCAAAGCUUCCUCUUCUACUGCCAUUGCUGAACCUGGAGGCAUCAAGAUUAAUUCAGUGCCAACAAAGCCGAUUGAGGGUCAGAAGACAGGGACAAGUGGUCUGCGAAAGAAGGCAUUGUUUAAUUCACUACCACCAGAGGAUUACAAGAAUGGAGUGCUGGUCUUAGGAGGGGAUGGUCGGUACUUCAACCGAGAAGCUUCCCAGGGAACGGUGUUGGCAAAAUCCUUGUCGGCAAGGAAGGCCAAUGGUGGAUUUAUAAUGAGUGCAAGUCAUAAUCCUGGAGGGCCUGAAUAUGAUUGGGGUAUCAAGUUUAAUUACAACAGUGGGCAACCUGCACCAGAAUCCAUCACUGACAAGAUAUAUGGAAACACCCUUUCUAUAUCUGAGAUUAUGACAGCGGACAUUCCUGAUGUUGACCUUUCUAGCCUCGGAGUCACAAAAUAUGGAAACUUUAGUGUUGAAGUAGUAGACCCAGUUUCUGAUUAUUUGGAGUUAAUGGAGGUUAGAAACAAGAAUGUGCAUAUUUGGAUGACCAUUCAUUUGGAUUUUGUGUCAGUAAUUGUAUGGAUUAUUUUGCAGAAUGUAUUUGAUUUUGAGCUCAUCAAAAGUCUCCUUUCACGGUCAGAUUUCAGGUUUAUAUUCGACGCCAUGCAUGCUGUUACUGGUGCUUAUGCAAAACCCAUCUUCGUGGACAAGCUUGGGGCCAGUCUGGAUUCAAUUUUCAAUGGAGUGCCUCUGGAGGAUUUUGGGCAUGGCCAUCCAGACCCUAAUCUUACAUAUGCCAAGGAUUUGGUCAACAUCAUGUAUGGUGAGAAUGGACCGGAUUUUGGAGCUGCAAGUGAUGGAGAUGGGGACAGAAACAUGAUCCUAGGUAGAGGGUUUUUUGUCACUCCUUCAGAUUCUGUUGCUAUCAUUGCUGCCAAUGCGCAAAAAGCCAUUCCAUACUUUACGAGUGGCCCUAAGGUAGGAAAUUCUGCAGAUUUUUCUCAACCUUUUAACGUCCUAAGAAACAAAAGAGAAUGCCCUGUUUCCAAUUUUCAGGGUUUAGCACGGUCCAUGCCGACAAGUGGUGCUCUAGAUCGUGUGGCCGAAAAAUUGAAUCUUACAUUUUUUGAGGUGAGGCAACUCUUGGAUAAAAUUCUAGUUUCAUUAGAAGGGGAAUGUAUAGAGGUUAAAGUAGGGUUUGUGUCGAUAGAGAUGCUUGUCUCCUGA